AUGGCUCCUGUAUCCGCCCAAGCUCAGGAGUUCUUCAACCGGUACGAGCAAUUGAAGGCUAUCGAACAGACCAAAAAUCUUUUGAUAGAGGUUAGUAUUAUUUUUUCUCGAAUCCUAGCCAAAAAAUUGCCCAAUUCCUCCAUCAAUUCUGUAUAUUAUGUUGUAAAUUCUAAUUCAGCUGUCUUGCAGGAUCUACUUAGUAGAAUUACGGAGCUUGAAGAUGCUUAUCAGCGAGAGCGGUUAGAUCAUGACAGAGAAACCAGAUUUAAUCGCGAAGUGCAGAUGCAUGAAAUGGAGCUUAUGGAACAGUUGACGAGGUUUAAAACUGCUAUGGUAUACCUCUCCGUAAGCCUAUGUGUUUUAAAUCCAAAGCUAAUAGAUCGUUCUCAAAAGGACCAAGAACCCUUUGUAAUUGCACUUCUAGAUGGAGAUGGCAUGAUAUUCCGAGACUCUUUAGUUCAGCAAGGAGAAAAAGGAGGAAAAGACGCCGCGAAUCAACUCUGGUUAGCUAUACGUGACUAUACAUCUGAGACCUUCACCAAUAUUCAUUCGCCGAAGAUCGUUGCGAGAAUAUAUGCGAAUGUACGAGGUUUAGGGGAAACUCUCUUUAAAGCUGGGAUUAUUGAUAAACCUUCUGUCUUUGAGGACUUCGUUCGUGGAUUUAACGGAGGCAGAUUGCUCUUCGAUUUUGUCGACGUUGGGAGCGGUAAGGAUAGAGCAGAUGAUAAACUUGCAGAACUCACAAGAAGAAUAACUCUCUUGGAGGGAUUCCCUUUUGAGAGAGAGCUUGCCUCACUCAUAAGCUCGUAUAGAGUGACGAAGUUUGAGACCUUAUUCCGGGAAUCAAAAAUAACUCCCUUAUCAAAUCAUACUUGGGAAAACGCCGUCACCUCAACUUCAUAUUCAUCAUCAAAUAUUGGACACCCCAAUCCUCGGGCCGUGAGCAGAACUCCCUCGAACUCUAACGGAACAGCGGCCACCACUUCUGCUGCCUCGGCUACUUCGGGCAGCAGCAGUACCACGCCAGCAACGUGGGCAUCUACCAUUGCAGCCAGUGCAAGUACAACAUUCAAAGAUUUAACACCAUCCAAACCAAGUACCCCGUCUCCACCAGUUAUUGAGCGCAACAAGUAUGGACAAAGAGUCGAUCGGAUAGAUUUUAAGGCCGCGCCCAAAGACGAAUUAAAUCGUGUGAAGAAGUUGAAGUUAUGCAACUUAUUUUUUCUUCUAGGCGACUGUCCCAACCCAAAUUGCUAUCAUACCCAUGACUAUAAGCUUGGAAAACAGGAGCGAAUGGUGUUGCAGGUAGUGGCUAGAAUGACACCCUGCCAUUUCGGUACCGAAUGUGACGAUGCUACUUGUAUUUACGGUCACCGCUGUCCUCUCAGCGAGGCUGGAAAGAAAGAUUGCUACUGGGGAUCAAAUUGCCGAUUUGAUGCUGACGCCCAUGGAAUUGAUACCAAUAUUGUUAAGCUUACCAAAGUUUGA